AUGGUAAUGAACCAACCUGACAUCGUGGUGGUAGACAAAGGGCAGAGGACAGCCGUGGUGGUAGACAAAGGGCAGAGGACAGCCGUGGUGGUGGACAAAGGGCAGAGGACAGCCGUGGUGGUGGACAAAGGGCAGAGGACAGCCGUGGUGGUGGACAAAGGGCAGAGGACAGCCGUGGUGGUGGACAAAGGGCAGAGGACAGCCGUGGUGGUGGACAAAGGGCAGAGGACAGCCGUGGUGGUGGACAAAGGGCAGAGGACAGCCGUGGUGGUGGACAAAGGACAGAGGACAGCCGUGGUGGUGGACAAAGGGCAGAGGACAGCCGUGGUGGUGGACAAAGGGCAGAGGACAGCCGUGGUGGUGGACAAAGGGCAGAGGACAGCCGUAGUGGUGGACAAAGGGCAGAGGACAGCCGUGGUGGUGGACAAAGGGCAGAGGACAGCCGUGGUGGUGGACAAAGGGCAGAGGACAGCCGUGGUGGUGGACAAAGGGCAGAGGACAGCCGUGGUGGUGGACAAAGGGCAGAGGACAGCCGUGGUGGUGGACAAAGGGCAGAGGACAGCCGUGGUGGUGGACAAAGGGCAGAGGACAGCCGUGGUGGUGGACAAAGGGCAGAGGACAGCCGUGGUGGUGGACAAAGGGCAGAGGACAGCCGUGGUGGUGGACAAAGGGCAGAGGACAGCCGUGGUGGUGGACAAAGGGCAGAGGACAGCCGUGGUGGUGGACAAAGGGCAGAGGACAGCCGUGGUGGUGGACAAAGGGCAGAGGACAGCCGUGGUGGUGGACAAAGGGCAGAGGACAGCCGUGGUGGUGGACAAAGGGCAGAGGACAGCCGUGGUGGUAGACAAAGGGCAGAGGACAGCCGUGGUGGUGGACAAAGGGCAGAGGACAGCCGUGGUGGUGGACAAAGGGCAGAGGACAGCCGUGGUGGUAGACAAAGGGCAGAGGACAGCCGUGGUGGUAGACAAAGGGCAGAGGACAGCCGUGGUGGUGGACGUGGCAAUUCCAAGCGAUGGGCAGGGCAGGGGGUAG